GGCAGGCCUUUCCUCCUAAAAAAUAAACCCUAAUUCUCUCUGAUUUUGUUUCUCUUGCUAAAAUCAUCUUUCCCUCUUCUCUCUUUACAAGUUCAACCUUCAAUCCUCAUUUCCCAUCUUUUUCUUCGUCCGCAGCUUAGAAGAAGGUAGCCACGACCGCCGCUACGGUCACUGCCUCGUUGCCGGCAUCAACAAGCACCCUAAUAAGGAAAUAAUUUGAGCUUCUAGUGCGUGAAACUAUUUACCAAGAAUAUGGCAUGUAGAGCAAUGGAUUUGGCAGUGGCAAUUCCUUUGGGAAUUUGCUCUCCUCAAAAGAGAGAUUUUAAGUUGUUCAGGGUCAAGUGCUCUGUUGUUUCUCUCACCGAAAAUGCUGCUGUUUCAGCCACAGGGUCAGGAGGCAGACCAUGGAAGGUAUCAGAUGCUAGACUUGUGCUAGAGGAUGGUACCAUUUGGAAGGCCAAGUCAUUUGGUGCUGCUGGGACACAAGUUGGUGAAGUGGUCUUCAAUACUUCAUUAACUGGGUAUCAGGAAAUUCUAACUGAUCCUAGUUAUGCUGGCCAGUUUGUACUGAUGACUAACCCUCAUAUAGGGAAUACUGGUGUGAAUUUUGAUGAUCAAGAGUCAAGUCAAUGCUUUCUUGCUGGUCUGGUGAUUAGAAGCUUAAGCAUCAGCACUUCAAGCUGGAGAUGUGUUGAGACACUUGGAGAUUAUUUAUCCAAAAGAAACAUCAUGGGUAUAUAUGAUGUUGACACUCGUGCUAUCACCCGUAGAUUGAGGGAAGAUGGGAGCCUUAUUGGUGUGUUGAGCACGGAAGAAUCAAAAUCAGACAACCAGUUAUUAGAAAUGGCUCGUUCUUGGGACAUUGUUGGUGUUGAUUUGAUAAGUGGUGUUUCAUGUCUAGCUCCUUAUGAGUGGGUUGAUAAAACUGGCAAUGAUUGGGAAUUUAAUACAAAUGGAAGUCCUGGAGAAACUUUCAAGGUGGUCGCUUAUGAUUUUGGUAUCAAGCAUAACAUUUUGAGGCGUCUGGCAUCAUAUGGAUGUAAAAUUACUGUUGUUCCAUCAACAUGGCCAGCGUCAGAGACCCUAAAAUUGCAACCAGAUGGCAUUCUAUUCAGCAAUGGUCCAGGGGAUCCUUCAGCAGUUCCAUAUGCUGUUGAUACAGUGAAGGAAUUAAUUGGACAAGUCCCGAUUUUCGGAAUUUGUAUGGGGCACCAAUUGCUGGGUCAGGCAUUGGGUGGUAAGACUUAUAAAAUGAAGUUUGGUCAUCAUGGAGGAAAUCAUCCUGUUUGCAAUCUGAGAAAUGGUCAGGUUGAAAUUAGUUCACAGAAUCACAACUAUGCAGUAGACCCUGCAUCACUUCCUGAUGGAAUUGAAGUGACGCACAUCAAUCUUAAUGACGAAAGCUGUGCCGGUCUUGCGUUUCCGUCAAAGAAUAUCAUGUCCCUCCAAUAUCACCCUGAGGCAUCACCAGGACCCCAUGAUUCAGACCCUGUUUUUGGAGAAUUUGUUGACAUGAUGAGGCGAGUGAAAGGAAAUGCUUGAACUAGUGAGGUUAUUGCUAUUGUUGGACAUGGUUACAAGUCUACAUAUUCUGCAGUUAAAGUAUAUCCAUUUGCAGAAGAUCUUUGCACGAUGUCUUUGAAGAACAAGGAUCUAGGAACAGGGUGAUGUCUUGGAAAAUGCUCCUUUGUAGUCUGUUUUGUGAAGUAUAAGUUGUUUUGAUGCUGCGUAAAUCUGUGGUUUUUAUUUUGUAUCUUAAUUCUAGAAAGUCUAGUACAACAGCUAAAACUAGGAAAUAUGAACUACAAAAGCCCAAAUUCUUGCCAUGAGAUAUAAUUUCGUGUGCCAAAGACAACUGUGCUAGAAACUUUGUUAAACAAGGGUUCAUAACACAGCCACAGGCAAGGUUACAAUAGUCAUGCACAACUGGCUGGAUGUCGAACAUUGUAUAGCCGGAGCUCUUAUUGCCUAUGCUAGAUUGAAUAAACCUCGCUUAUGUUCAUUGUAUGAAUGCCCUAACAGAGUUACAGCUUUCUAUGUAGUUAAUUUUGUACUUUUUUAAGCUCCAAGGCGUUGUUUGAAUCUUCUCUUUAUUCUGAAAGUGAAGGCUCAGCCGUAGUUUGGAAGCUUGCCUUCGGUUUCUAAAUUGUAUGAGAACCUUCUAUUUUCAUUACCAGAAAGCUAUUGCUCUAAU